CUGUUCCUAAAUGCAACAAAAUUGGUCAAAUCAGCUCUUGAAUAGUUGCCCAAAUUUCAAAUCCACCUCCACCCCUCACCCACGCUCUGCAUAUCCAGCUUACCCAAAAACCCUAACGUCUGGUUCUUCCUCCUAGGGUUUGUUUCCGAUGAAGGCGUCGCUCAAGUUUCGGGAGGACCAGCGACCACUUGCCCGGGCGAAGAUUCCCAUCAGCAUCCUCAGCAUCCCGUUCCUUGCCGGCGCAGCCGCCGGUGAUAAGCGCGAUCUCCGCCUCGAUCUCACAACCGCCUUCGAGUCCGGUCCUGCUUUCCGCGUUUCUUAUCGUCCCAACGAGCCCUUCAACACUUUCACACUAUCCGUCAAGACCGGCAUCGGCGCCUUUGGUUCCCCCGUUGGCGCGCCCUUUUCCAUGAUUACGGAGUUCAACCUCUCCUCUCCCCGCGGCGUCUCCGGAUCCCCUAUUUUUUCCGUCGUGUUCAAGCCCCGCCUCGGCGAUUUCUGCUUCAGAAAAUCAGCUUCGUCUUCGUCACCGAGGGGGAUCAUCCCCGUAUCGGACGGUGAAGAGAUGUUUCCGCCUUCUCCGUCACCAGCGCCGGGGUCCAACGGAAUCCACCACGGUGGAAAAGCGAACGGCAUCAUGGUGAACUUGCCUGCUGCAAGGGGAGAAAUAGGGGGGCUGAUUUCCGGCAUAGAUGUAACGGCGCGGAGUGUUCUUCCUAUUCGCAGCCGCGCGAUGAUUGGAUUCCGGUGGGGAUUCAGGAUGCCUAGGGAGCUUCAGUCAUCAUUCUCCAUGGAUACUUUCUCCAUGACCAAUCUCCCUAUGCUUGUGAUGAACAAGAUCUUCAUCAAGCAUAUACCAGCUGAUGCAAAAUCGAAGCUGCUUCAAAACAGUGAACCCAAUGUCGCUGCAGGCCAAGUAACCCAAGCUUGCAAGUCUGUUAUGCAGGAUAUUGCAGCGCUGCAGAAUGAAAGCGCAACUCUCAGGAAGACCGUGGAGGGUCUUCGUGAAAAGAUUGAUAGCAGUUGCUUCCCUUCGGAAAAGGUGUUUGCUGCAAUUGGAAAUAAGGAUAGCUUUGGUGCUGAAGCAGGCAAGGGCGGGCUAAGGGCAGCAGUGCCGCCGCCGGAGCCAUCAAAGAGGGAGCGGCGGAGUGAGGUGAAAUCAGUGUCUGAGGAUGUGAACGAGGAGUUGAAGAAGGCCCUAAUGAGUGCCACCAGUGCUGGAAAAUAGAUGACUAAUGCUGCGGUGGACUAAACUUAUCAAAUAUGCGGUACGCUUCCUCUUACUGUUUUGUGCUUGGAGUUGAUUUAGUAGUUUAGGGAUCGGUUUUUGUUGAUUGCAAGACAUCUAUUAGGAUGUGUAAGUCAUAUAUGGUUGAAAUUGCUGUAUGAAAUUAGUUCGGAUGAAGCUUGUUAGAGUUUAUAAUUUGAUGGAAUGUUAUUUAGGAAAAUGGAUGGAUUUAGAGAAUUUAUGACUGUGGGGCUGCUUUUG